AUGAUGUCAUCUGUUGCGACAGAGAGCAAAAUCCAGAGGGCGGUGAGCCUGCAGGGAGUUGACCCAGAAACAUGCAUGAUUGUAUUUAAAAACCACUGGGCGCAGGUUGUGAAAAUCUUAGAGAAGCAUGACCCCUUGAAGAACACCCAGGCGAAGUACGGGCCUGUCCCUCCAGACGAGGCCAGUGCCGUUCAGAACUAUGUGGAGCACAUGCUCUUUCUUCUGAUUGAAGAGCAGGCCAGGGGUGCUGCCAUGGGGCCCAUCCUGGAGUUCGUGGUCUCCGAGAACAUCAUGGAGAAGCUAUUCCUUUGGAGCCUGAGGCGGGAAUUCACCGAUGAGACGAAGAUGGAGCAGCUCAAGAUGUACGAGAUGCUGAUCACCCAGUCCCGGCAGCCUCUGCUGCACCACAAGCCCAUUCUGAAGCCCCUGAUGAUGCUGCUGAGCUCCUGCUCGGGAACAGCCACCCCCACUGUGGAGGCGAAGCUGGUAGUCCUGCUCAAUCAGCUCUGUUCCAUUCUUGCCAAAGAUCCAUCCAUCCUGGAGCUCUUCUUCCACACCAGUGAGGACCAAGGGGCUGCGAACUUCCUCAUCUUCUCCCUUCUGAUCCCCUUCAUUCACCGGGAGGGGACCGUCGGCCAGCAGGCCCGGGAUGCCUUGCUCUUCAUCAUGUCUCUGUCCGCCGAGAACAGCGUGGUGGCUCACCACAUCGUGGAGAACACCUACUUCUGUCCCGUGCUUGCGACGGGGCUCAGCGGCCUGUACUCUUCGUUGCCUACCAAGCUGGAGGAGAAGGGCGAGGAGUGGCACUGCCUGCUGAGGGACGACUGGCUCCUGCUCCCGCCGCUCGUCCAGUUCAUGAACUCGCUGGAGUUCUGCAACGCCGUCAUUCAGGUGGCUCACCCCUUGAUUCGUAAUCAGCUUGUCAAUUAUAUUUACAACGGGUUCUUGGUACCGGUCUUGGCUCCAGCUCUGCAUAAGGUGACUGUGGAGGAGGUCAUGACCACAACCGCCUACCUGGACCUUUUUCUGCGCAGCAUCUCCGAGCCAGCACUGCUUGAGAUCUUCCUCCGCUUUAUCCUGUUGCACCAGCAUGAGAAUGUCCACAUCUUGGAUACGCUCACGAGCCGAAUCAACACCCCAUUCCGGCUUUGUGUGGUGUCCCUGGCCUUAUUUAGAACUCUCAUCGGUUUACAUUGUGAAGAUGUGAUGUUACAACUAAUUCUAAGGUAUCUGAUCCCUUGCAAUCACAUGAUGCUGAGUCAGAGGUGGGCUGUGAAGGAAAGAGACUGUUACUCUGUGUCUGCGGCCAAGCUGCUCGCCCUGACCCCCGUCUGUUGCUCCAGCGGGAUCACCCUGACGCUUGGGAACCAGGAGAGGGAUUAUAUUCUCUGGUCAAAGUGCACGCGUGAUAGCCCAGGGCCCACGGAGCCGCCGCUGCCCGAGGCGUUUGCGCCGUCGGCCUGCAUCGUGGAGUACGGCAAAGCCCUGGACAUCAGCUACCUGCAGUACCUCUGGGAGGCCCACACCAACAUCCUCCGCUGCAUGCGGGACUGCCGCGUGUGGUCCGCCCUGUACGACGGAGACUCCCCCGACCCCGAGGCAUUCUGCUCGGGCCAGCCGGAGGAGAGGGCCCCCGGCGCCACCUCCCCGGUGCUCCGGCUUCCGCAGCAGGUCCCCGGGGCGACCCAGAAGGAGAAGAGCCACACGGAGCUGGAGUGGGAUGACAGCUACGACACUGGGAUCUCCUCGGGGACCGGCGGGGGCUCCCCCGGGCCGUACGAGGAUGCUGAGAACGCCAGUCCCCCGGCCCCCGUGGACCCCCCCAAACACAUCCAGGAGAUGAAGAAGAACGCCAUCCUGCUCUUCAAAGGGGCCUACAUUGAAGAGUCUGACUUCCAGGACGAUGUGAUGGUGUACAGGCUGUGUGCUGAGAAGGAUGCUGAAGACGCCCGUGGUUCACAGGAGGACUCCGUGAGGCCCCCAGCCCAGACCCAGGUCCAGGGUGUCCCCCUGAACAACGGCCCUCUGCCUGGCCCUGAACCAGGGACGGAUUCGGAGGAGGAACAUAGCAGGGACGAUUCGGACGUGUCCCACAGUGCGUCCGGGGACCCAGAACCAGAGAACGAGCCCGAGGUCACCCCAGAGCCAACCCCCGAGUCAGCAGCCCCCAGCCCCGAGGUGGAGCCUGGUGCCCAGCCAACAGCGGCUAGCCCUGAGGGUGAAGAUUUCAUGGCCCAGUACGACCAGAUCAUUAAAGAGCUGGGUUCCAGCACCGAGGGCCUGAUGGAGCAGGAUCUCUCCUCACCAGGUGCCUUGCUGGUCACAAAGGAGCCGGAGGGGGAGAAAGACGGCAGCCAAGGGGAGGAGGAGGAGGAGGGGAAGGACCCAGAGGAGGACGAUGCCUUUGACUCUUUCAUAGCGGAGGCGCCCCCCACAGAGACCCCGCCAUCCCCGUUCGGAGUGCGAGAAGAAGCCGCCUUUGCCAGUCACCGUCCUGCAAGGAUGCAGAGCACCCCGUUUACAGGCCCGUUCAUCAGCGUCGUCUUGUCCAAGCUGGAGAACAUGCUGGAGAACUCACUGCACGUGAACUUGCUGCUCAUUGGCAUCAUCACACAGCUGGCCAGCUACCCGCAGCCCCUCCUGCGAUCCUUCCUGCUCAACACCAACAUGGUCUUCCAGCCCAGCGUGCGCUCCCUGUACCAGGUCCUUGCGUCCGUGAAGAAUAAGAUUGAACAGUUCGCCUCCGUGGAGAGAGACUUCGCUGGCCUCCUCAUACAAGCCCAGCAGUACCUGCUCUUCCGCGUGGACCUCUUUGAUCCGAGCCCCGAGACACCCACCAAAGGUCCCGUUCAGGAUGCCUCCAGGACAGGAAGCAGCAAGAACUUCUUGGAUGGCCCCCCGAGAGUACUUCAGCCCUUCGUGAUAAACAGAGCCAAGGUGUUGGGGGCGCCCCCCAGCCUGCCCCCGCCGGUGCGGGACACCAUGCUGGCAGCCGCCCUCUUCCCCGAGUUCCUGAAGGAGCUGGCUGCCCUGGCCCAGGAGCACUCCAUCCUCUGCUGCAGGGCCCUGGGCGACCCGGACGACGCCUGCUGGUAG